UAAUGAAAAUGCUUAAAACUAUCAUUCUCAUUGUAGACCAGCAGAUGGCGUUGUACUAGACCUCGAAAUAUUUCAUUGUAUCGUAAAUAUUAUCCUUUUCCAUUCCCAGGUUGCUUGUUUUCUUAUGAGAGAAAUUACGUUUUGUAAACCUCAUUGCAGUUAAGAUUCAAAUUUAUUCGCGUUUGAAGAUUUCGAUUCAGGUAUCAAUUAUUGUAUUUGUGUUCCUAAAAAGCAACAAUGACGAAUGUUUUCGGUCGUUUUUGUAACCAACCUUGCAAUUAUCCAGGCUGCUGCGACCUUUCGGUACUAAGUUUUUCCCAUUAUUUUUCUAUUAGAACACAUAUAGUGUUGUAGAAGAUUGAUUUCAUCCAGAAAAAUUUCAUUGCAGAUGUUAGCAAUUUCUUUUUGAGAUUACUACGAUAUAGAUUGGCGACAAAUAACAGUUGCAUAGACUUCAUUGCUGCUUAGACUCGCACUUUUAUCGUGCAAGAAUAUUCAACGGCAAACAAUAUAGCCUUCAUCAUGAUGCCAAUCAAGUUAGCCAAUCAUUACUUCUCCCACGUGAGGGUGUCGUAUCUACACUGUUCUGGCAUUCUCAUGUGUCUCUUUAUGUCUGCAGUCAUAGACCAACAUGCGCUCACUUCUACUUCAUGCGGACCACUGACUUACAAUUUCAUCGGGACCAUCAGUGCAGCUAACAAUGUCUACCCAAUUGGACUCAUCUGGCAACUUCUCAACAUGGUCACAGUGUCACUGCGGAUGUUUCAUGGAUUCUGUCUCUACAGAUUUCUAGUGUCGAAACAGCAGAAGAGCACCCAGACGCUGUCUACGAUUACUUACACGGUCUACUUCCUGGAGUGUUUCUUCCUUCUGAUGGUUUCCGUGAUCCCAUCGGACGAGAAUCUAGAAGUGCACUGUACUAUGUUCCUGGGGUUUGCAUUGGCUGCAGUUGUACAUCAGGGCUGCAGACUGAGAGAGUUCAAAUUGUGUGGCAAGCGCUCACCAGAAAUAGCCAAAGCGUAUAAGAGGCUGAAGAAGAUCUGCAUCAUUGGAUCUCUCCUCCUGUUCGUGGCUCUGUCCUUCUCCUAUCUACACUUCAUAUCAUGUGUAUCAGGUGCCUAUUCGCUCUUCGCAGCCUUUGAGUACAUGUAUGUCAUCUACGGCAACAUCUACUUCCACCACAAAGCACUCAGUGCAAUACACGAACUCAACAACUGCUACAUGUUCACCAUAUCAAGCAAGCUAGUCUCCCGGAAGUCAUCUUCUGAUCACGUGGCAACAAGAACACGCGACGAGAAAGAUGAAGUUAUGAUGUCAUCAAUUGAGUCAUCAGUGAUGUAACCAGAAUCUAGACGAUAUAUUGCAAUUUCCAAUUAAUCAAUCAUUAAAACAAGGUUUCAUCGAUUACGCAACCAGGAUGGUAGCUGAGACAGUAUCUGAUUUACGAUUUCAGCCCAGUAACAAGAGAGUUUUCAGUGAUGAUUAAGUGCGGCCGAGUUCUGUUUAAUUGCAAAAACUUAAA